AUGCGACCCAGCCGAUGUCAACCACUUCUUCUCUCCCUACUCCUACCCUCCGUCCUCGCUCACCCGUAUCCUCAAGCUGUCGUCGCCAAAAAGGACGCCGUUGCUUACACAACCACAUGGACUGAGACAAAAACUUACACCAGCACUUUCAGCUCGUUCCUGGGCGACUCGACCGCACCGGCGGGAGGCUCAGGAGAGCCCUGUGUACCGCCCGAAGGAUCGGGGCAGAUCGCCUGUGGUCCCAUUUGCUGCGCCGUCUGGCAAUACUGUGCUCAUGAGGGCCAAUGUAUGGCAAAUGGUGGCGGCUCUUGGACUCAAUGGACUACCGUGGGUGUUAUCACCACUCAGUACUCGGCUCCUUAUAGGGUUACUAGUGGUAGCACUGUUGUAGAGACUUCUGCGCCGACUACCACUACCGGCACCGUGGCUAGUGAAACUGCCUCAGCUACCACCACACCGACUCCUGUCGCAACCACGAGUGGUUCGUUGAGCGGAGGUGCAAUUGCCGGUAUCGUCGUUGGUACUAUUGCUGGUGUAAUCCUCCUCCUACUGCUAUGUUUCUGCUGCAUCGCCAGAGGCCUCUGGGACGUGGUCGCCGGCAUUUUCGGCGGAGGCAAGAAGAAGCGAGAAACGGAACGAAUCGAGAUUAUCGAAGAAGGAUACUCAAGGCGCGGAAGUAGACAUGGUAGCGCGUACGCCGCCGCACCACGACCAACUCACCGAACUUGGUUUGGAGGCGGAGGCGGCGGCGGCGGAGGCCGACCUACUUCGGCAGCCGCUCGAAAAGAGAAGAAAUCCGGAGGCGACGUGGGCUGGUUAGCUGCCGGUCUAGGUGCAGCUGCCUUACUCCUAGGCCUGAAGAGGAGGGAUGAAAAACAGCGAAGGAGUAACAGGGAGAGACCUCCUCGAAGUAGGAGCGACUGGAGUAGUUCGUACUAUACUGACUCCUAUACUGCAAGCAGCCCUAGCGAGUUCAUCCCCCAAAGAUAA